GUGGCCUCGAGCACGUUGUGCCCAAGCCGCGUGCUCGCUCGGCCAACGCACGGUGAUGCCACUUUUUUUCCUUUUGCGUCCUGUAUCCGCUGGCCCCGCCAAUGGCAGGAUGCACUGUAUGUGUUUCUUCUCUUGAUUCAACGUCUGGUUGCCCGAGAUGGCCAUGAUGGACAGGGGAGUUGCUGACCUCGGACACGACAUCCCCAGCGCUCCAUGCUAAUCAAGUGUCUUUUCGUGCGUCUGAAUCAGGCCGAGCUGCAGGGCGUGGAGCUCGUGGCCGGUGUCGAACUCGAUGGCUCCGACAGGAUGGAUACGCCCUCGCAUCCAAGGGACUUGUAGGAGUCUCGUCAACUGGUCCCGCCCCAGCGAAUCGGCAGCACCGGUACUGUUGUGCCUGCGUCCCACUUCUCCUUCCCACCAUCGUGAUUAGGGCUGCACAUGUCUUUGUCUGAUGCUAGUCAGAUCCCCACACGGCGUGGAUCGGAUGACAACCGACAUCACGACAUCUGGUAGAGGCUCACCUUCCUCCCGGGUACAGAAUCAGCGCCGAAUCGCCGAGGGCUGCCUUGACCUUGCAGAGGUGUUGCAAGAUGGAUGGUCCGCGGCCGCAACUCAUCACAACAACACAUGAAGACCGAGACCGUGCUGUGAGACUCUGAGCAAUAAAAGCACCCACCUUCCUCCAAUUUUCAGACUUGUCCCCUGGUACUUCAAGUAACUUUGUUCGUCACUGGUUUAAUUCCCCUGUCCCUUCUUUACAACAACCCCAACCUCAUCUACCAAAUACCACCAUGGACAACAAGACACAAACCACGCAACUCGCGCCAGCAUCACCCCCCGACAUGCCGGCCGCCGCCGCCGCGCACUGGUCCUCCUACCUCGAGGGGCCCGACCUCUCGUUCUUCCCCGCGACAACAGCACACCUAGAAGGACCCCCACAGCCCACAAGCCAUGUCAGGGAGUUUGACGUGCGGCAGAACCGCUCCCAGAACCAGAACCUCGCCACGCUGCUGCGCUCGUCAUGGGCCGUCGUGGCCGGCACGUACUCGGGGUCGAAAGACGUUAUAUUUGGCAGCAGGCUAAGCACUGCCAAGCCGGGUGGUGGGCCCGAGUCUCGUGCAGUCGUCGUACCCACCCGUGUCCGCUGGGCGCCCGAGACCACAGUGCGGGACCUCGUCGGCUCCGUGCGGGCGCAGGAUGACGACGGCGCCGCGCCCGAGCCGGUCGGGCUCGAGGCCAUUGCCCGGGCCAGCGAGGACGCCGCUGCCGCGUGCCAGUUCACCUGCGUGUUCGCGGUCGGGCCCGGCCCUGACGGAGGACAUGAAGAGCAGGAUAUUGGACAACAAGAUGAGCACGAAGGAGGAGACAACGGAGCCGCACGUGCCCUCUCUCUACAGUGCUCCUACCUCCCCAUCACCGAAGGCGUGCCCGACAAGGACGACGAUUCGGACAUGCCAUCAUCCUACCGGCUGCGCGUCACAGCCCGCUUCGACCAGCGAGCCCUAAGCCAGGCCCACGCCCGGCGCGUGAUGACGCAGCUGGAGCGGGUCGUCCGCCUCCUAAGCGACCCAGCCAGCCUCGAGCAGCCCGUAUCCUCCCUGCCACUGCUAUCAGCACCCGACAGGGCGGAGAUCGAGGCAUGGAACGCCCACGAGCCAGCAGUGGCCCGCGACCUCGCGCACGAGCGGGUGCGGCAGCAGGCGCUCCGGCGGCCCGGCCACACGGCGGUGAGCGCCUGGGACGGGGCGAUGACCUACGCGGAGCUGGACGGCGCGGCGGGCCGGCUGGCGCUGCGCCUGCGGCGGCUCGGCGUCGGCCCCGAGACCCUGGUGCCCAUCUCCUUUGGCAAGUCGCUGUGGGCCGUCGUGGCCAUGCUGGGCGUGCUGAAGGCGGGCGGCGCCUUUGCCGUGCUCGACCCGGCGCACCCGGCGGGGCGCAAGGAGGCCAUCGCGGCGCAGCUGGGCGCGGGCGUCGCCGUGGCGUCGGCGUCCGCGGCGGCUCUUAUGCCGCCUGGGUGUGUGGAUACGAUCCUGAUAUGCGACGAGGCCGUGCGGUCGUGGCCAUCGCCUUCUGAGCGGGGGGGUGAUGGCGGCCAGGCGCUGCUCCCCCCGCCCGGCCUCGGGCCCGACAACGCCAUGUAUGUCAUCUUCACGUCGGGCUCGACGGGGACGCCCAAGGGCUGCGUCACCUCGCACCAGGCCUUCUGCUCGAGCAUGGCCGCGUUCGGCAAGGAGGCGGGGAUGCACGCAGACAGACAGGUGCUGCAGUUCGCGUCGUACAGCUUCGACACGAGCCUCGAGGAGAUAUUCUGCGCGCUCAUGGCGGGGGCAACAUUACAUGUACCGUCUGAGGAGGCGCGCGUCAACGACCUGGCUGGAGUAUUACGACGCACGCGGGCCGACUGGGCCGAGCUCAACCCCAAGGUGGCGUCGCUGCUGGUCCCGGGGGAGGUCCCUGAUCUCAAGACCAUCAUCCUGGGCGGCGACCGGUCGCACGGCAGCGAUGUGGCCCGCUGGCCUGCCACGACGGCCCUCAUGAACUCGUACGGGUGCACCGAGGCGUCCGUCACGUCGACGCUCAUCCCGCUGAAUGGCCGUGACCCGCUCGAGGAGCCCCCGAUCGGGAGGGGCGUGGGCUGCAGGCUGUGGGUCGCCGACCCGGACGACCACCACCGCCUCGCCCCUGUUGGAGCACCGGGCGAGCUGCUCAUCGAGGGGCCCGGGCUGGCGCGUGGGUACCUGGGGGAUGCUGAGCGGACAGCCAGGUCGUUUAUUGUCGACCCUCGCUGGUCUGUGGAUGCUGGCGGCGCAGGAGGAGGGCGGCGCUUCUACAAGACGGGCGAUAUCGUGCGCUACAACGACGAGGGCGCCGUCAUGUAUGUCGGGCGCAAGGACUCGCAGGUGAAACUAAGAGGCCAGCGCGUCGAGCUCGGCGAGGUCGAGCACCAGCUGAGCCGGGCCCUGCCGGACUGCCGCGUCGCCGCCGAGGUGCCGGUGAUGCGGAGCCUAUAUCACGAUCAUGCCGGCGACGACGGGGCCGGCGCGUCGGGCCCGUCCCAGGCCACGCUUGCUGCGUUCAUCGUCCUCCCAGCACAGGACGGACUCGAUAUGCCGUCUGCGGCCACCGCAUCGAUAGACCUCAGCCCGGCGGCGGUGGACCGCCUCCUCGCGAUGAGGCCCAGGCUGGUCCAGGACCUGGCCCGGUCCCUGCCCGGCUACAUGGUGCCGUCGAUAUUCAUCCCGAUAUCCGCCAUGCCGCUGACGGUAUCGGCCAAGACGGACCGCCGGAAGCUGCGCGCGCUCGCCCAGGGCCUGCGGCCCGACCAGGUCGCCAUGCUGCAGGGCCGGAGUGAUCCUGAGGACGCUGACGCCGGCAACAGGGAACACAAGGCUGGCCUGUGGACCGAGGCUGAGCGGCAGAUGCGGGAUGCGUGGGCCCAGGUCCUCGGCGUUCCUGCGGGGUCUAUCAGCCGUGGCGAUAACUUCUUCCGCGUCGGGGGCGACUCCCUGGCGGCCAUGAAGCUGGUCCCGCUGUGCCGGAAAGUAGGACUGCAGAUCUCGGUCGCCGAGGUGUUCCGCGCCCCGGAGCUGCACAACCUGGCGGCGGCGGCAGCGGCAGCUGGACCAUAUCAUGAUGGUGCCGGGAAUAGUGACACCCUCAGCCGCAGGAGAGACGAGGGCGAGGGGGCGGAGCACGACCUCGACGUCGCCCCCUUCUCCCUCCUCGGCCUCGACAGCAACCACGAGCAGACCAGCAUCGAGGCCCUGCGGCGGGAGGCGGCAGAGCAGUGCGGCCUGCGCCAGGCGGCAGACAUCGAGGACAUGUACCCGUGCACGCCGCUGCAGGAGGGCCUGCUGGCGCUCUCGUCCCGGCGGCCCGGGUCGUACGUCGCCAGGCUCGCCUUCGAGCUCGCGGGGGACGUCGACCUGGCGGGUUUCCACGCGGCGUGGGACCGCGUCGUCGAGGCGCACGCCAUCCUGCGCACGCGCAUCGUGAGCCUGGCCGUCACCGACAGCGACAGUAACAGCAACAGCAACAGCAACCCGAGGCUCCUGCAGGCCGUGACGAGGCCGCGGCUCCCGUGGGAGACCGCCACCGACCUGGAGGCGUACCUGCGGCGGGACGAGUCCAGGCUUGUGGAGGUUGGCGCGCCCAUGACACGGUUUGCCAUGAUCCCGCACCACGGCGGCCGGUACAUCUUCGUCUGGACCCUCCACCACUGCAUCUACGACGGCUGGUCGCUGCCGCUGGUCCUGCGGGACCUGCGCCGCGCCUACGACGGCCUCCUCCAGCCCCUUCCCGUCCCGCCCUUCAGCCGCUUCAUCAGCCACCUCUCGCGCCAGGACCCAGCGCCGGCGGCGGGGUUCUGGUCCCGGUACCUCGCCGGGCCGACGAGCAUGUUCCCCGCGGCGCCCGGGGGGGAGGAGGAGGACGGUGCCGCGCAGCCAGACAGCUCCCUCACGGCCCGGACAGACUUCCCCGUCCGCGCCGUGGCCGGCGCCACCCCCGCGACGGUGCUCCGGACGGCCUGGGCGCUGCUGACGCGCAGCUACACGGGCGUGUCGGACGUCACGUUCGGGACCACGGUGACGGGCCGGAAUGCUCCUGUCCCGGGGGUCGAGGACAUGUCCGGCCCGACCAUCGCGACGGUCCCGGUGAGGGUGUCGUGGCGGGAACGUGGCGGCGACAACGACAACGACAACGACACCGCCACCCCCACCACCAUCCGGGAGCUCCUCGACGGCGUCCAGCGGCAGGCGGCCGGGGUGAUCCCCUUCGAGCAGACGGGCCUGCAGCACAUAGCCCGUGCUAGCGACGACGCCCGUUCCGCGUGCCGGUUCCAGGCCCUCUUCGUCGUGCAGCCCGCCGACGACGACGACGACGAAUUUUAUAACGACGGGCUCAUGCGUCCCCUGGACGGGAACAGCGGCCCCGAGGUGGGCGACCGCGCGCGCGAGACCACGCAGGCCCUCCUGGUCGAGUGCACCCUCGGCCGCGCGGCGGACGCCCCCGUCGACAUCCACAUGAGCUACGACUCCAGCGUGGUCUCACACCCCCGGGCGGCGUCCCUGCUGGCGCGGUUCCAGCACAUCCUGGCGCAGCUCGUGGCCCUCGCGGGGGAGGAGGACGACGACGUCGACAUGAAGAAGAAAAGCACACGGCCAGCAGCCCUGGAUACCCCAGUGGCGGACCUGAGCCUCGUCAGCGCCCACGACACGGCCAGGAUGGCGCAGUGGAACGGCGCCAGCGACAUCAGCCCACCCCCCAGGACCCUCCAGGACCUGAUGGCGGGGGCGGCGGCGGCGUAUCCCGACCGCCCGGCCGUCUGCGCCUGGGACGGCGACAUGUCGUUCGCCGAGCUGGCCGGUGCGGCCGCGAGGGUCGCCCGGCGCCUGGGCCAGAUGGACGUCGGCAAGGGACACGGGGGCGGGGGAGACGGGGGCGGGGAGGAGAAAGUCGUCCUGCUCUGCCUCGAGCGGUCCCGCUGGGCCAUCGUCUCGAUGCUGGCCGUCCUGCAGGCCGGGGCCGCGUUCGUCGCCCUCGACCCGGCCCAGCCCGACGACCGGCUGCUGAGCAUCAUGCGGCUGUCGGGCGCCAGGGUCCUCCUGACGUCCCCGAGGCUCUCGGCGCGCCUGGAAGACCUGUCCCGCAGCCUGAGCUCCUCCUCCUCCUCUCCCACCCCGCUGCGCAUCGCCUGCGCCGCCGAGCUGGCCGCCCCCUCCCCCUCCCCCGACGACAGCUGCGACCAGCCCCAGCGGAUCCUGCCGGCCCCCCCGCCGCGGCCCGGCGACCUCGCGUACAUCAUCUUCACGAGCGGCAGCACGGGCGUGCCGAAGGGCGUGAUGAUCGAGCACGGCGCGGCGGCGGCCAGCGUCGUCGCCCACGGGGCGGCGUUUGGCGUGUCCGCCGCCAGCCGCACGCUGCAGUUCUCGUCGCUGACGUUCGACGCGUGCGUCUUUGAGAUCUUCACGACGCUGGCGGCGGGGGGCUGCGUCUGCAUCCCCUCGGACGCGGGGCGGGUUGACGACCUGGCCGGUGCCAUCAACAACCUGGGCGUCAACACGGUCAUGCUCACGCCGUCCGUGCUGGCGCUGAUUGACCCUGAGGCUAUUCCUGGCGUGCGGAGUGUUAUUUUUAUCGCCGAGCAGGUUACCGAUGGCGAUAUCAGGCGGUGGCGGGGCGAGGGUGAUGGUGAUGGUGAUGGCCAGGCGGGCCGCAGGCUCCUCAACGGCUACGGGCCGACCGAGUGCACCGUCGUGUGCGUCGUCAACAGGGACCUGCGGCACGGCGGCGUCAUCGGGCAGGCCGUGGGGUGCCGCGCGUGGGUGGUCGACCCGGACGACCACGACGUCCUCCUGCCGACAGGCGCGGCGGGCGAGCUCCUCAUCGAGGGCCCCAGCCUGGCCCGCGGCUAUAUGGGGGACCCGGGGCGCACGGCAGCCUCGUUUAUAUACGACCCUGCGUGGGCACGCUCCUCAGGAGGCCCCCCACGUCGCUUCUACAAGACGGGAGACCUUGUCCGAUAUACACCCGACGAGGACGGUAGCCUUACCUAUAUCGGCCGCAAGGACACGCAGGUCAAACUCCGCGGCCAGCGCGUCGAGCUCGCCGAGGUCGACCACCACCUGCGGCUCGCCCUCCCCGCGGGCGCAGAGGUGCGGUCCGAGGUCGUCAACCUCCCGCCGCAGGGCAGAGCCAAGGGUUCAAGUUCUGGCGAGGUGGCCGCCCUGGCGGCGUUUGUCGUCCUCCCCGGGUGCGGUGCUGCGGUUGGUGGGGAGGAAGCUGAAGGGCUGUUAUCAUCAUCGUCAUCGGGACUGGUCCAGUUCAGAGAGGCCACGCAGGCCGCGGCCGCCGCGCUGACCAGGGCGGUGCCGUCGUACAUGGUCCCGUCCCUGUUCGUGCCCGUGGCCCGGAUGCCGCUCACCGUGUCGGGCAAGACGGACCGGCUGCGGCUGCGGGAGAUGGCCUCGAGGCUUACGGCGCGGGACCUGGAGGUCUUGCGCUGGGGCCGGGGCCAGGCGGUGGCGGUGGCGGAUGAUGCUGCUGGUGCUGAGAACUUGAAGGGCAGCCGGGAAGGUAAUAAUAACGACAGCAUCAAGAAGGCCCCCAGCAACGAGGCCGAGCGGGCGAUGCGAGCCGCGUGGGCAAGCGUCCUGCGGCUGGACGACGAGGACAUCGGGGUCGAGGAUAACUUCUUCCGGCUCGGGGGCGACUCGAUCUCGGCCAUGAAGCUCGUGGCCGCGGCGAGGGCGCGGGGCAUCGACGACCUGACCGUCGCGAGGAUCUUCCAGACGCCGGUCCUGGGCGAGUUAUGCGGCAGCAGGGGCGAGGCCGCGGAGAGUCCAGCCCAGACAGACCCCAAGCCUGCAGACAUUUCCCGUGAUAUUGUCCGUGACAGUCGCCCCCAGCCUGCCCGAGCCGACCCCGACCCCGACGCCAUACCCCCGUUCGCACUGCUCCCCGGCGCAGCUGGUACGGUCGACAUCGACAAGGCCCGGGAAGAGGCAGCAAGGCAGUGCGGCGUGGCCCCCGACGCGGUCGAGGACCUGUACCCGUGCACGCCGCUCCAGCAGGGCCUGGUCUCGCUCACGGCAAAGGAGGGCAGCGGCUCGUAUGUCAUGCGGCAGGUGUUCCGCCUGGGCAGCACGGGAACAAUAAGCACCCGGGCGCUCUGCCGUGCGUGGGACCAGACCGUCAGGGCCCACCCGAUCCUGCGCACGCGGGUCGUCCACCUGCAGCUGGGCCCGGGCGGCGAGGGCGGCGAGGGCGGCGGGCCAGGGGCUCUUUACCAGGCCGUCUUGAGCCCCGGCCAGGCAGGGCUCUGGUGGCGCGGGGGGGAGACAGCUCGGGCGGGGAUGGGCACCCUGAGUGAGUACCUCGCUGCGGAUGAGAAGGAGGGCGGCGGGAUCGGGGAGCUGGGCUCGCCCCUGUGCCGGCUCGCGUUGGUCUCGGAUGACACGGGUAAGAACGAGAACAACAACAACAACAACAACAACAGCCGAGCAGGAGAUGAUGCAACAUUAGUCCUCGUCUGGACCAUCCACCACGCCAUCUACGACGGGUGGACGAUGCCCAUCCUCAAGGAAGCCGUCGCGGAGGCAUACGAGGCCAUCACAGCCAGCCCCAACACAACCCACGAGCUCGUCCCAUCCCCCCCGUUCAACCGCUUCAUAAACCACCUAGCCUCAUCCGACAAACCAGCCGCCCACGCCUUCUGGACCACCUACCUCGACGGCGCAACACCCUCCCCCUUCCCAGCAACACCAACAGCCCGCGCAGACGGCCUCGCGAGGAGCUACCGCGCAACCAGCGCCGUCGAGGCCGCCUACCGCCUGUGGGGGGACCGUGACGACGACGACGACGACAACUUGAACAGCAGCAGCAGCGGGGCGGCCGCCGACGUGGCCGUGUCGACCGUCCUGCGCACGGCGUACGCCCUCGUCGUCGGCGCGCACACGGGGUCCAGGGACGUCGUCUUCGGCACGACGCUCAGCGGCCGCAGCGCCCCCGUCGCCGGCGUCGAGGCCAUGACGGGGCCGACCAUCGCCACGGUGCCGGUGCGCGUGCGGUGGGGGGAGGAUACCUCGCCGCGGGGGCUGCUGCGCCGGGUGCAGGUGGACGCCGGGGCGAUGAUGCCGCACGAGCAGUUUGGCCUGCAGCGCAUUGCCGCGCUCGACAAUGGCGGCGGCGGCGAGGCGUGCCGGUUUCAGAGCCUGUUUGUGGUCCAGCCCGCCGGGGACGGUGAGGGCGGUGCCGUGAGCAGGCUGUUUGGGGAGGGUCGUGAGGUUGCGGUGCGGUCUCGACACGUCCAGGGCAAGGAGGAGGGGGAGGAGGAGGAAGAAGAAGAAGGGGUAGGAGGAGCACCAGCCCAGACGUACGCCCUCGGCAUCGAGGCCAGCGUGUCUGGCGGCGGCGAGCUGCGCCUGACGGCGACGUUUGACGAGCAGGUCCUCGACGGCGUGCAGGCCCGGCGCAUCCUGUCGCAGGUGGCCCACGCGGCGAGGCUGCUGUAUGAAGACACCAGCACCAGCAGCAGCAGCGCCGACAAGCCCCUGGCUCGGAUCAGCCUCGCCGGGCCCGAGGACAUGGCGCAGAUCCUCACCUGGAACAACACCACCAACAACAACACCGCCGUGCGGGCCGUCCGCGAGCCCAUCCACGACCUGGUCUCGCGCCACGCCGCCUCGCGCCCCUCCGCCCCCGCCGUCAGCGCGUGGGACGGCGACCUGACCUUCCGCGAGCUCGAGUACCUCUCCAACGGCCUCGCCCACCGCCUGCGGGCGUGCGGCGUCGGCGUCGGCGCCGGCGCCGGCAGCCAGGGAGAGGCAGCAGCAGUAGCGGUCGGCGAGGAGCACCUCCGCGGCGCCAUCGUGGCCCUCAGCCUCGACAAGUCCAAGUGGGUGCCCGUGGCGGUGCUGGCGGUCCUCAAGGCGGGCGGCGCCUUCGUGGCCCUCGACCCGGCCCAGCCGGCGCCGCGGCUGCGGCUCAUCGCCAAGGAGGCCGGCGUGCGGGUCCUCGUCACGACGACCUCCCUGGCCGGUGCUGGUAUCAACGACGACGUGCGGGCGGCCAGCGUGCUGUGCCCGCCGGACCUGGUCCUCGGCCCGGACGAGAUGGCCCGGCCGCCGCCUCGCCUCCCGAGGGCCGACGGCAGCGACCCCGGCGACGCGCUGGCUUAUGUCGUCUUCACGAGCGGCAGCACCGGCGUGCCCAAGGGCGUGCUGGUCCCCCACGCCGCGGCGGCCUCGAGCCUCCUCGCCCACGGCCCCGCGAUGGGCAUCACGCCCGCCAGCCGCGUCCUCCAGUUCGCGGCCUACACCUUCGACGCUAGCGUGCUCGAGGUGCUGGGGUCGCUCCUAUCAGGAGCGUGCGUGUGCGUCCCGUCGCGCGACGAGUGCGGCGCCGACCUCAACGCCGCGGCGAGGAGGUACGGCGUCACCUUCGUUGCCCUCACGCCGCGUGUGGCGUCGCUGCUCGACCCGGCUGCCCUCCCGGCCGUCACGGCGGUUGCCCUCGGCGCAGAGACGGUGCACCCGGCUGAUAUACAGCGGUGGGGCGGUGGCCGCCGCGUGAGCAAUGGCUACGGGCCGACCGAGUGUGCCGUCGUGUGUGUCCUCGAGGCCCGCGACCACCGGCCCGGCCGGAUCGGGAGGGGCGUCGGCGCCAUCACCUGGGUUGUGGACCCGGACGACCACGACCGGCUGGCCCCUAUUGGUGCGCCGGGGGAGUUACUGAUCGAGGGGCCUUGUCUCGCGAGGGGGUACCUCAACCAGCACGACAAGACUGCAGAAGUCUUCGUCGAGGACCCCGCGUGGGCGAGGGACAUGCCCCGGCCGGAUUUCUACGGCACAACAACAACAGCAGCAGCAGGACGGACGGCGGGGAGGACGAGGAGGUUCUACAAGACCGGGGACCUGGUGCGGUACGACCCGGACGGGGCGCUGGUCUUCAUGGGCCGCAAGGACACGCAGGUCAAGCUGCGGGGGCUGCGCAUCGAGCUGGGCGAGGUCGAGCACCACCUGCGCCGGCUGUUGUCUGAGUGCGAUGUGGCCGCCGACGUGGUGGGCCUCCCUCAGCGGGGGGCGGGCGACUCGCGGGCUGUUGUUGCGUUUGUGGCGCCGGGGCGUGGGACUGGAAAAGGGGCAGAGCCUAACAACAACAACAACACCACAGCCCCCUCCCUCGCCACCGACGACGCCGCCACACGGCUCGUCGCCUCGUGGGCCGACAAGGCUGCCGAGAUGGGCCAGGUCCUCCCCUCGUACAUGGUCCCGAGCCUGCUCGUCCCCAUGACCAGACUGCCCCUGACGCCCUCGGGCAAGACGGACCGCCGCGUGCUGGCCGCCGUCGCGGCGGGAUUAACAGCCGCCGACCUGGAGCGCCUCCAGAACGCCCAGGCCGCCAGGGAGCCGCCGCGGACACGCUCCGAGAGGCUCAUGCACGCGGCGUGGGUGCGGGUGUUGGGCGCCCAGCCGGCAGAGGUCGGCGUCCAUGACAGCUUCUUCCACCUCGGCGGGGAGAGCAUCCUCGCCAUGCGCCUCGUCCCCGUCGCCGCCGCGCUGGGCUUCACGUCGCUGCGUGUUUCGGAUGUCUUCCGGACGCCCGUGCUGGCUGAGCUCUGCGAGAGGCUGCCGGAGCCCGAGUGUCGGCCGGAUAUGGAGGGAGAUAUGGGGGUGGGACUGGGGCAGGACCCGGUGGAAGAGGCCGGUGGUGCGCACGAGACACUGCCUGUUAUCUCUCACCCUCCUUCCCCUGGUGAUACGGACCACCCCUCUCCGUCACCACCGUCGUCGGUCGAGGGCAGUGACAGUUCUCGGGACAUCGGACUACUCGGGAGUGGCAUCAACAGCAACAGCAACAGCACAAGACUAUCAACUCCAGGCAGCGCCACCCCUUCCAAGUCCCCCUCCCUCACGCCCCUCACCGACGACGACACGUACAACAUCAGCCUCAGCAUCGACAUCAGCAACGGCGCCAGCACCCUGGGCCAGGCCCGCGUCGCCCCGGCCACCGACUUCCAGGCCCUCGCCUUCGAGUACGCCCACCUGCGCCGCCGCGGCUUCGUCAACUACUUCGUCCUGCGCCUGCGCGUGCCCGUCGGGCUCGGCCGCGUGCACGCCGCCGCCACGGCCCUCCUGCUGCGGUACUCGAUCCUGCGGACGGAGCUGCGGAUCGCCAACGGCCGCCUGUGGCAGGUCGUCGCCCCGCCCGCCGCCGCGGCGCCCGUGGUCGAGGUCUACCGGGCUGGUGGUGAUAGUAUCGGGGGGGUGAUAAGCGACGACGCCCUGCCCGGGCGCAUCGUCGAGAUGGACGAGGCCCGCCGCCUCGGCGCCCGCGCCCAGCAGCCCGUCAAGUUCUUCGCCGGCCUGCCCGCCGGUGCGCCGGCGCCGGGGCCCGUCUCGUGCGUGGUCCUGCGGCUCGCGCACACCCACUACGACGGCCUGUCGUUCCCGCGCGUCCUCGACACGCUGGCCAGCAGCCUCUCGGAUACCAGUACUAGUAAUAACCCCGACAGACACCACCACCAGCAGGGAGGAGGAGCAGGACCCCCCGCGCCCGCGCCCGAGCUGUCCUUCUCCGACUUCAGCCUCACCGCCCAGGUCCUCCCCAGCAGCCGCUCCCUCGCCUACUGGCGCGCCCUGCUGUCCGGGUCGGCGCUCACGCCCGUCGUCACCCCCGCGGCGAGGGCCGCCAACGAGGGCGACGAGGGCCUCCUGACGGCCGAGAUCCCCGCGCCCGACCUCGGCGCCGGCGGCCUGACCUUCCCGGCCGUGCUCAAGGCCGCUUGGGCCGUCGUCCUGGCCCAGCACGCCCGCGAGGCCGACGUCACCUUCGGCUGCAUGGUGUCCGGGCGCAUGCCCGUCGUGCCGGGCGCCGACGCCGUCGUCGGGCCGUGCGUGAAUAUCGUGCCCGUCCGCGUCAGGGUCGCGCCGGACAUGACGACGCGGGACCUCGUCGCCGCCGCGCACGCGCAGCACGUCGACAGCAUGGAGCACGAGCACGUUGGGCUGCGGCGCAUCAUCUCGCAGUGUACCGCCUGGCCCGCCCGCACAGACUUUGCCGGCGCGUCCGUCGUCCAGCACCAGGCGGCCGUGAUGGCGCAGUCGCUGGGGGCCCUGUCCUCCGGGGCUGAGGGCGGUGGCGGCGGCGGUGGGCUGCUGCCCUUCGACCUCGGCGCCCAGGGCCGCAACGCCAACGCCGCCGCCGUCUGGGUCAUCACCACCCCCAGCCCCACGCGCGACGGCGUCCUCGGCGUCGAGCUGUACUACGCGCGCCACGCCGUCCCCGCCCACGUCGCCCACGCCCUGCUGCGGGGCCUCUGCGUCGCGGUGCGGGAGCUCGGGCGCGGCUGGGGCUGUGGGGGGCCUCUGCCGCGGACUGUGGUUGAGUGUGUGGGGGACGCGCCGGUGCUGCCGUGCGGUGGUGAGUCGGGAGGGUGUGGUGGUGGUGGUGGUGGUGAUGAUGGUGAUACUGAUCCUGCGGCCCCGUCCCCGUCCCCGUCCCCGGGACAGCUGGAGGGCUCUGUGGUUGGCGAGGCCUGGGGCCGGCUGCUGAAGGCCCACCCGGGCGUGCGUGUCGCCCUGGGGGCGGCUUGUUCCAUGUUCGACGUGUGGGAUGAUAAUCUCGUUGCUGUGGAGCUCAUGGGUAUCUAUGAGGACCUCGGGGUCUUUCUUGACCUGGAGGAGCUGCUGCGGGCUCCUACCAUGGGUGCGCAGCUGCUCUUGUUGCGGGAUUGGUGUUAGCUUGUGGUUUCUUGUUUCAUGUCUUUGUAAAAUAUUAAGCAUCAGCUGGGGCGUUAUAGGGUAGAGGCAUCGGUUAGGUUGGUUUCUGUUGUUAUGUGUGGUUUCGCUUCUAUUCCGUAUACGUCCGAGGACAUACAUGGCGGCUUCAUACGGUGGUAAGCACUCUUAUUAUCAUGUACAAUAUAUUAUCAUAUGUUAUAAAGUAA